CGCGGUUUUUCGAUUACUUAGUAUGCAUAUAAAUCAUGAUUUAUUCUGAAUUUCAUUAAAGCUUUAUUGACUGCCGAAUCCUUAUUUUUACCUCAUAGAUUUAUUGGAAUGAUGAUUUGUAAAUCUUUCAAUAUUUACUUAUCAUUCGUUCCUAUAUUCUGGUCAUUCUUAUUUUCACCAAAUAUCUAUGGUUAUUUAAUUGGAGUCGGAAUAUAUGACAUAACUGGCCCAAUAACCGAUAUCAAUAUGAUGGGCUAUGGUAAUAUGAAACAAAAUGAUAAUGGACUUCAUUUAAGAUUAUUUAGUCGUGCAUUUAUUAUUCAAGAGAAUUCUAGUUCACAACCAAUUGUCAUUGUUAUAAUAGAUGCUGGUAUGGCAUCACAAGCCGUUAAAAUUAAAGUCAUCGAUAAUUUGAAAAGUCGAUACGAUAAUGGGUUAUUUACACACCAAAAUGUUUUAAUUAGUGCAACCCAUACUCAUUCUGGUCCUGCUGGUUAUUUACAAUAUAUUCUAUAUUCAUUUACGUCUCUUGGAUACGUUCCUGAAACAUUUCAACCAUUAGUUGAAGGAAUUGUUAAGAGUAUCGAUUUAGCUUAUUCUAAUAUGAAAGAAGGAAAAAUAUUCAAAGCUGAAGGAGAUUUACAUAAUGCUAGUAUCAAUCGUAGUCCAGCGGCUUAUUUAAAGAAUCCAGUAGAAGAACAAGCUCGGUAUGAUGAAAAUGUAGAUAAAAAUAUGAUUUUAUUAAAAUUUGUUACAAUGAAUAAUACACCAAUUGGAAUGAUUAAUUGGUUUGCUGUACAUCCAGUCAGUAUGAAUUCUACGAAUACUUUAGUUAGCAGUGAUAAUAAAGGAUUAGCAUCAAUUUUAUUUGAACAAAAAAUGAAUCAUAAUCAAAUGCUAGGAAAAGGUCCAUUUGUUGCUGCAUUCGCUCAAGCUAAUGAAGGUGAUGUUUCACCAAAUACUGCUGGUCCACGUUGUAUUGACACUGGUUUACCAUGUGAUUUUGUACAUAGUAGUUGUGGUGGUCGUGCACAAAAUUGUAUUGCAUACGGUCCUGGUUCAGAUAUGUUUGAAAGUACAAAAAUAAUUGCAUAUAAGCAAUUUGAAAAAGCAUGGUUAUUGUUUAAUACUGCUACCACUGAGAUAAAUGGACCUAUUAACUUUAUUCAUCAAUUUAUUGACAUGACAAAUAUAAGUUUAAAUUAUAAGAAUUAUUCAGGUCAUACAUGUGAACCAGCCAUGGGUUUUAGUUUUGCUGCUGGUACAACUGAUGGUCCAGGAGAUUUUGAUUUUAUUCAAGGUAUUACACAUGGUAGUUUAUUUUGGCAAAUUGUUCGAAAUUUUAUUAAAACACCAAGUGAGAAAUUGAUUAAGUGUCAAGCUCCAAAACCAAUUCUUCUUCCUACCGGUGAAAUGAAUGUGCCUUAUCCUUGGCAACCGUCUGUUGUUGAAACUCAAAUUGUAUCGAUUGGAUCUCUUUUAAUUGUUGCCUUACCUGGUGAAUUUACCACAAUGUCUGGAAGACGUAUUCGUGAAGCAGUGAUUGAAGCUGCUAGUAAUGCUUCUAAACAGAAUGAUCCAAGUUCAACUACACAAUAUGAAGUAAUUCUUUCUGGUUUGUCAAAUGUUUACUCAAGUUAUAUCGCAACUCCUGAAGAAUAUCAACUUCAACGAUAUGAAGGUGCAUCUACUAUUUACGGUCCACUUACACUUCCUGCUUAUGUUAAUCAAUUCAGUUUUUUAGCAGAAGCAUUAGUUAAACGACAAAAAGUUUCUCCCGGAACAGUUGCUCCAUAUUUUUUCAAUGAACAACUUAGUUUUGUGCCGAAAAUUUUAUUUGACACAGCACCAUUGGGAAAACCAUUUGGUACUGUAAUUAAACAACCAAAUUCAACUUACUAUGAAAAAAAUGAUAUUGUCGAAGUAUAUUUUGUUACUGCUUCACCACGUAAUAAUGUACUUUCAAAUGGAACAUAUCUUACUGUUGAAUUAUAUAACAAAACAUUAAAUAAAUGGAAUAUUCUGUAUACAGAUGCUAAUUGGGAAACAAAAUUUAUUUGGAAUCGAGAUGGAUUUUUAUCAUGGUUACUUGGUCGAAGUUAUGCUAUUAUACAAUGGACAAUUAGUUCCAUCGAUGGUAUAUGUAUUUCUGGUACUUAUAGAAUAAAACAUUAUGGUACAUCUAAAAAUAUAUUUGGUCGAAAAAAACACUUUUCUGGUAUAACAAAUAAUUUCACUGUAUUAUGUUAAACAAAAUGAUAAUGAAACGAUGAAUUGAAUUAAAUAUUGAAAUAUUAUUGAAAAAUUAAUUUUUAGUUUCAUUUGUUUAUAUAUCCUGUUUUAUGUUUUAAUCUUUAAUAUUUUGAUAUUACAUGUAUUCAUUUUACAUUGUUUUUCUAAUGCAUACUUUUUAAAAAAAGUAAAGAUCAAAUACGUUUUAUAAUAUUGAAAAAAUGCAUACUUACUGACGCCUGUUACUCCUUAUGAAGGAGCAUGAUUCACCUAUCAGCACUCUUCAACAAAUCUUGUCCUAGGCAAUCUUUUCCAGCUCUUUUCAAUUGUUACUCUUUAUUUUUUAUAUCUGAUUCUAUUUCCCGACAUAAUGUAUUCUUUGGUAACAAUAUUUUAAUUUAUUUGAGUUUACUUGUUACAAAUCAAUUAUACACAAUCAGUAUUUUUUUUAAAUGUUAUCAUUUCUGUCUUUCUAAAUGUAUUAUUUGUUUAUUUAUUUAUUAAAUUUGUUAAUUAAAUUACGAAAUUUGUUUCAAACGGUUAAUUUUUCAAUGACCUUGAAGUUUCUUCAGUUAUAUAUAUUAUAUAUAUAUAUAU